GUUCCCCUUUGAUCAAGAUGAGGAGCCAUUCAGAGUAGCUGCUGCCUCUGGGAGGAUCCCUGGUGUCCUGGGCAGCCCAGUAGGUCCGGACAGGGCCCUGCUGGCUGGCCUCUGCUGGCAGGAACCAUGGCAGAGGCUGGGGAUGCAGCACUGUCCGUGGCUGAGUGGUUGCGGGCACUCCACCUGGAGCAGUACACUGGGCUCUUUGAGCAGCAUGGACUGGUGUGGGCCACCGAGUGCCAAGGCCUCAGUGACGCCCGCCUGGUGGACAUGGGCAUGCUGCUCCCUGGUCACCGCCGCCGCAUCCUGGCUGGCCUGCUCCGUGCCCACACGCCCCCAAGCCCUGCACCCCGCCCUACCCCCCGGCCCGUGCCCAUGAAGCGUCAUGUCUUCCGCUCACCGCCUGUGCCUGCCGCUCCACCGGAGCCACUGCCCACGGCCGGAGAGGAUGAGGGGCUACCCACCGCCCCACCCAUCCCACCCCGGAGGAGUUGCCUUCCGCCUACCUGCUUCUCCGCCCCAUCCGCAGCAGCCCCAGACCCUGUGCUGCCCCCGCUGCCUGCCAAGCGGCAUCUGGCAGAGUUCAACGUUCCGCCUGUGCCCCCCCGCACUGGGACCCCCCGCCAGCUGGUGAGCCUUCCCUCCAGGGAGGAGGAGUUACUGUCAUUACCACCAUCAUCGCCUCCCCAGCCAGCGCCUGAGGAGCCCCCGGCCACCUUCCCCCGAGUGCCUCCACAGCCCCCGUCUCCACCUCCCAGCCCCCCGGAGAUCCCCCCGAAGCCUCUUCGCCUGCCCCCAGAGUUCGAUGACUCUGACUAUGAUGAGCCUCCAGAGGAGGGGCCAGCGGCCCCAGCUGGCGUGAUGACCAAGAAGGAGGAGCUCCCAGUGAGCCAAGUCCCACGUGCCGUGCGUGUGGCCAGUCUGCUGAGUGAGGGGGAAGAACUGUCUGGGGACGACGACCAACCAGAUGAAGAUGAGGAUGACCACGCCUAUGAGGGCGUCCCCAAUGGUGGAUGGCACAAGAGCAGCCUGAACUCAUCCCUGCCCAGCAGCCUCCUGAUCCCCGAGCUCCCACCACACCCCAUGGACGGGCUCCCCGGGGGCUCCACCCCCAUCACACAGGUCAUCAAGGCUGGCUGGCUGGACAAGAACCCACCGCAGGGAUUCCUGUACCCUCCUUUAUCUCCUUCCAAGCCCAGGCCUUGCCCUCACCCCUUCCCACCUACCUGCCAGGAGUACCACCUGGGCAUUGGCAUCACCUUCAUUGACAUGAACGUAGGCAACGUGAAGGAAGCAGACCGGCGCAGCUUCGACCUCACCACCCCCUACCGCAUCUUCAGCUUCUCGGCCGAAUCGGAACUAGAGAAGGAGCAGUGGCUGGAGGCCAUGCAGGGAGCCAUUGCCGAGGCCCUGUCUACCUUGGAGGUGGCCGAGCGCAUCUGGGCUGUGGCCCCCAACAGGUUCUGUGCCGACUGCGGGGCUGCCCAGCCUGACUGGGCCUCCAUCAACCUCUGUGUCGUCAUCUGCAAGCGCUGUGCAGGGGAGCACCGUGGCCUAGGCGCUGGGGUCUCCAAGGUGCGGAGCCUGAAGAUGGACAGGAAGGUGUGGACGGAAACACUCAUUGAGCUCUUCUUACAGCUGGGCAAUGGCCCUGGGAACCGCUUCUGGGCAGCCAAUGUACCCCCCAGUGAGGCUCUGCAGCCCAGCAGCAGCCCCAGUGCCCGGCGGCGCCACCUGGAGGCCAAAUACCGUGAGGGCAAGUACCGCCGCUAUCACCCGCUCUUUGGCAACCAGGAGGAACUGGACAAGGCUCUGUGUGCUGCAGUCACUACCACAGACCUGGCUGAGACCCAAGCUCUCCUGGGCUGUGGGGCUGGAGUCAACUGCUUCUCAGGGGACCCUGAGGCCCCCACGCCCCUGGCUCUUGCCGAGCAGGCAGGGCAGGCGCUGCAGAUGGAAUUCCUACGGAACAACCGGACCACGGAGGUGCCUCGGCUGGAUUCAGCGAAGCCUCUGGAAAAGCACUACUCAGUUGUCUUGCCGACCGUGAGCCACAGUGGCUUCCUCUACAAGACUGCUUCUGCCGCCAAGCUGCUGCAGGACCGCCGUGCCCGGGAAGAGUUCAGCCGACGCUGGUGUGUCCUUAGCGACGGGGUCCUGAGCUACUAUGAGAAUGAGCGGGCAGUGACCCCCAACGGUGAGAUUCGGGCCAGUGAGAUUGUGUGCCUGGCAGUGCCCCCUCCUGACACCCACGGCUUUGAGCACACCUUUGAGGUGUACACGGAGGGAGAGCGGCUGUACCUGUUUGGUCUGGAGAGUGCAGAGCUGGCUCGUGAGUGGGUCAAGUGCAUUGCUAAGGCGUUCAUACCUCCCCUGGCUGAAGAUCUGCUGGCCCGGGAUUUUGAGCGGCUUGGGCGCCUACCCUACAAAGCUGGCCUGAGCCUACAGCGAGCCCAGGAGGGCUGGUUCUCCCUCACUGGCUCCGAGCUCCGUGCUGUCUUCCCAGAGGGGCCCUGCGAGGAGCCGCUCCAACUUCGGAAACUGCAGGAGCUUUCCGUCCAAGGGGACAGCGAGAACCAGGUGCUGGUGCUGGUGGAGCGAAGGAGGACGCUGUACAUCCAGGGGGAGCGGCGGCUGGACUUCACAGGCUGGCUGGGGGCCAUCCAGAAAGCAGCGGCCAGCUCCGGGGACACGCUGUCGGAGCAGCAACUCGGAGACUCAGAUAUCCCAGUGAUCGUCUACCGCUGUAUAGACUACAUCACGCAGUGUGGCCUGACUUCUGAGGGCAUCUACCGCAAGUGUGGGCAGACAUCAAAGACUCAGCGGCUGCUGGAGAGUCUGCGGCAGGACGCUCGGUCUGUGCGCCUCAAGGAGGGCGAGCAGCAUGUAGACGAUGUCUCCUCAGCACUCAAGCGCUUCCUGCGAGACCUGCCCGAUGGUCUCUUCACUCGCGCCCAGCGCCUAGCCUGGCUAGAGGCCUCAGAGAUUGAGGACGAGGAGGAGAAAGUCUCCAGAUACAGAGAGCUCUUGGCACAUCUGCCUCCAGUCAACCGAGCCACAGUGAAGGCCCUUAUCAGCCACCUGUACUGCGUCCAGUGCUUCUCAGACACAAACCAGAUGAACACGCACAACCUGGCUAUUGUGUUUGGACCCACGCUCUUCCAGACAGAUGGACAGGACUACAAGGCUGGCCGUGUGGUAGAAGACCUCAUCGGCCACUAUGUGGUGGUGUUUAGCGUGGAUGAGGAAGAGCUGAGGAAGCAGCGGGAAGAGAUCACUGCCAUUGUGAAGAUGCGUGUGGCUGGCACUGCCAGCGGGACCCAGCAUGCCGGUGACUUCAUCUGCACAGUGUACCUGGAGGAGAAGAAGGCGGAAACCGAGCAGCAUAUCAAGAUCCCAGCAGCCAUGACAGCUGAGGAGCUCACCCUAGAGAUCCUGGAUCGCAGGAAUGUGGGCAUCAGGGAGAGGGACUACUGGACCUGCUUUGAGGUCAAUGAGAGGGAGGAGGCAGAGCGCCCCCUGCACUUUGCGGAGAAGGUGCUGCCCAUCCUGCACGGGCUGGGCACAGACAGCUACCUGGUGGUGAAGAAGUACCAGUCCAUGGAGGCCAUGCUGCUGUACCUGGCCAGCCACGUAGGCGACACCAAGCACGGCAUGAUGAAGUUCCGUGAGGACCGUAGCCUCCUGGGCCUGGGCCUGCCCUCAGGUGGCUUUCACGACCGAUACUUCAUCCUCAACAGCAGCUGCCUUCGGCUCUACAAGGAGGUCCGGAGCCAGAGGCCAUGGAGCGGGGCCCCUGAGACCAGUCACCGGCCUGAGAAGGAGUGGCCCGUCAGGAGUCUCAAAGUCUACCUGGGAGUGAAGAAGAAACUCCGGCCACCCACCUGCUGGGGCUUCACAGUGGUGCACGAGACAGAGAAACAUGAGAAGCAGCAGUGGUACCUCUGCUGUGAGACACAGAUGGAGCUCCGGGAGUGGUUUGCCACCUUCCUCUUUGUGCAGCAUGACGGCCUGGUGUGGCCCUCGGAGCCCUCCCGUGUAUCCCGGGCAGUGCCUGAGGUCCGGCUGGGCAGUGUUUCAUUGAUCCCUCUGCGCGGCAGUGAGAACGAAAUGCGAAGGAGUGUGGCCGCCUUUGCUGCGGACCCCCUUUCUCUCCUCCGCAACGUCUGAGCGCAGAAGCCAGCCCCUGGCUCUGAGAUUCUGCUGCCCUGAAGCCUUCCUGUUCAGACACCCUCGUGCCCUGCGUGCCUGGUGUGAACCAGCAGGGGAUGCAUGAGGAAGCCACACCCCACAUCCCACAUCCUGGUUGCAACAUGGGGUUCCCUGGCCAGGAAGUGGGGGGCAGCAGGGUCUGCCUGAGGAGGACCCCUCAUCUGUUGUCUGGGUGCUUCUCCUGGCCUGGCCUGCUCCCCCCUCCAGGGUCACCCACCCUGAGUUUGAGGGGUUGGAGAGAUGGGAUGUGCAUCAUUCAGAAACUCUGGAGGACCACCAUCCUUGCAGAGGCUCGAAGCCCUGGGGCCCCCGCUGGAAGGGAGCCCACCCUCUUGUCACAAACUCCAGAACAGCAAAAAGUGGAUGCUCUAAAGGAACACUCAGCUGGGAUAGGGAGGGAGCUCUUGGGUAAGUUUCUCUAUAGCCUAGAACUGGGGCUGGGGGACUUGAGGAGCCUCCUCUGGUCUAGGCUGACUGGGAGGGCCCAGGCCGCCUGGUGCCCCUUCCCCACUUUGGGGGCCUUUUGAUAAUAUAAAUAUAUCUGUAUAUUUUAUCCUA